AUGCCAAACGAAGGGAACACGAGUGUUCUACUUACAAGUCUCUCUAUUAAGGGCUUUUCUAGUGUCUUUGUAGGAUUCAUGUUAGCCGUCUCCUUUGCGAUGAUGAUGACUAUGUCCCUUCCGGAUCAAUACAAAACAGCUGCUUUGGAGGACACUUGCUCAUUUAAGAACUCGACUGUCUGUCUGUCGAAACUUAUUUCGACGGGACAGAACUUCACGUUGAAACUCACCAACAUCUCCUCUGUGAAUCAGAAAGUCCACUUGUACCUUGUGUAUAAGGCGGAAGAGUCUAAGGCGCGUAUUAAAAUGCUGAUUAACACCGCUUUGUACAAAGAAACCACUAAAACGCCCACCCCGACAUACAACGACGUCACGCUCAUCAAAACGACAUCGAAGAAACAUCGCGUCUUCUGUGACAAAAAUUCGAAUUGCGAGAUGCUGUUGGCGACAGUGGAGUCUUCGAAGAAAUAUAACACAGUCUAUGCUGUUAUGAAUGUGUCACAGAUUGCUCAGUCUGCCGGAUUAACAGCACCGGCUAUAGAGUUGUUGUACGUCCAACCGCAAUACACGUCGUUUGAAGUCUUUUGGAGGAUCACAUUGUUAAUAGUGAUGUGUGUUGCGACACUCUUCUUCUUAUAUGUCUUACGUGGAAUACCAUUCAAAACGUGGUCGUUGGAACAAAAGGCGACAUUCUUGUUAAUGGUCACACUGUCGAUUACAAACAACGCAUUCUACUCAUAUGAGUUCAUCUCCGCUAACGAAUUCUUCCCAGCAAUUAACGCGAUGUGCGACUCAUUGAUGUUGGCUGCACUCUUAUUAUACAUUCUCAUCAUUUUCGACGCACUCAGAAAACCCCUCAGUCAACGAACUUUCAAGUUCUUUUACUUCCCACGAUUCGUUUUGAUCAUCUUAUUGGAAUCAUUCGUCGUCAACUUGUAUCUCUAUAACGCGGACAUCGAUGACCCUAUUAUGGUCGUCAUGAAAGACCCUAUUAACGCUACUUUAGCUAUACUCACAGGACUCCUUACUGUUGUCUACAUGUUCUGGUUGGUCUUUGCCGUCAUCAGAUCCUUCUCUGAAGCAAGAAAGCUUGGAGAGAUCGGACAGAGAAUAAGAUUAUAUGGGACUUUUACUCUUGUCGCUAUAUUCAUAUUGGUCGUACUCCUCAUUUCAAAUUACUUCGUUGGCUACAAGUCAAAUCAGGCGGUCUAUUUAACUACUAUUGCUUAUAUAAAUAUUUAUGCCCUCACUCUAAUGGUCUUCUACCUCCCUUCAAAUAAACAAGAUGAUCGCUGGAAUCAGAGAAGAAGAGAGAUCGUUCUUGAUGACGUUAAAGUCACAGAGUACGAUGAAGAUGACAAUGAAUUGGUUGUCGAACAAGAACUCACUGACAACAAGAAAGAAGAAGAGGUCAUCGGAGGGAUGAUUGACAAAGCUUCUAAAGAACAAAAAGACGACAAGAAAGAAGAGAGGAUCGAACUUUAA